AUGUGAAUGUAAUUCAAAUUCAAUUAUCACAGCUAUAGAGAAAUGUGGUUUGUGUACGAAGGAUUUCUGUCUAGAACAAGAUAGUAAGAUAUGUGCUUCAAAAGAUGAUGGUGGUAAAGUAAGCGUUAUAGGUGAUUAUGAAGAUGAUGAGAGAUCGGAGGUGGAAAAUAAUAUUAUCAUUAGUUGUUUCCAAACUGAAUCUACUAAAGAUGCCUUUAUAAUAUAUUUAUUCCUUGCCAUUAUAGUUGGUUUAUUGGGUUAUUCCCUAUAUAAGACUUAUCUUUUCAGGCAAUUAUAAUUUAUAGAGUAAAGAAAAAUAAAAUGUAUAUAUAUCUUAGCAUAACAUAAUUUGAGAUAAAGUGCGAUUUGUAGAAUGACAGCAAAGUAUAAGUUAUACAAUGUUGGUCUUCUUGGUAAUUUAUCUGAACCUGUUUCUUUUCUUUACUUAAUCAAUCUUUACACGAUGUUAUUUCCUAAAGUUUCAAGAGAUUUGAUCGAGCUUGAUUUCAACCAAAGUCAGCUUGUCGAAAAGACCCAAAAUGAAAAGGUUUUGGAAUUAGUUAUGUGUGAUAAACACACAUUUAACUAUAAACCUCGCUCAAACUCUAUUCUAGAUGUUAGAACCGUGGUCGGGUAUGACAACAUCUACAAAUAUUUAAGCAAAAUUGUCAAUUGUUUAAAGGAUACCGAUAGAGUAAUCGUGUACUUUCAAAUCAAAAAUAAUAGCAAAUAUCCUGAAGCAAAGAUAGACAAUUUAAAAUCUUUAGUUAACUUAAUUCUUAAUUUCAAACUUCUUUUUUGUUGUAAUGUUAAAUAUUUAGAAUUUAACUUAUAUGGUGGUAUUUGCCAUGACGAAGAUAGCUUAGAUCUCAUCCUUUCAUUGUCUUACUUAACAAAAAUUUCUUUUAAUGAUAUAGAUUUAAGAAAUGUUCACCUUUCAGAAUUGCAAUCAUGUUAUGGAUUAGAAGAAGUUCAUUUUAAUAAAGCCAAGUUUAGUUAUUGGUCUUUCUUAAUGUUCCCACCAUCUUUAAAGAGGUUAACGUUAUCCUUUAUCUCCACAGAACCAAUUAAAAAAAUUAUUCCUGUCGAGGGUACUUGUAUAUUGUAUUUGUUCAAAUAUGAGUCCAUUGGAGAUCUUAAGCUUAAUAGAGAAUUAGAAUAUCUUCAUUUAGACGUAGAUGAUUUAGGAAAAACUGGGUUGGGUAGAUUGUUACCACAACUUUCAGAAUUACGUGAGUUAGUGAUAACCAACACUCGUAUUAGUUUCAUAACUGCAAAGAUUUUACCAAAGAAAUUAACCAAGUUAAACAUUAUUAAUGAGCGUAAGAUGAAAAAUGAUGAGUUUUCCCUGGAAUUCUAGAUACUACCUACUUUUUAAGUAUGUAAAAAAAUUAGUGUUGCAACUAUUUUCAUCCUUCUUUUUUUUUUGUUUUGCAGUCAACCGAGGAGUAUAUAGGUAGAAAGUAUAAUAUGGUGGAUUUUACUAGUAUAUAUGUUUAAUAAAUACACACGUUACGUA